GUAGAUGACGCUGAUUUCAAUAUUUUUACCUUAUCUCUGUCUUUCUCUCACUAUUUUUUAUCCUUAUCUAUAUUUGCUUGGUUUCAUUGUAUCUUCAUCUUUCUGUGAUCAAGCGUCGCUCGAAGUGAGCGUAUUAAUGUAUUGAUAACAAUGUACAUAUAUAUUUUGAUGAGCCAUCUUUCGUAAAAAACUUACAUCGCUAUGCAAUCAUCGAUAAACAAUUGAUUGAAUAUUUUGACAACAAUAAAGAAACUAAAAACCAUACAUUAAGAUUAUGACAAUUCACAAUUUAUACAUAUUUUCCAAAAAUGGAACAUUGCUAUAUUAUGCAGAAUGGAACAGAUUGAAUAAAUCUGGGAUCACAAAAGCAGAGGAAGCAAAAUUAAUGUAUGGAAUGUUAUUUUCCAUAAAGUCGUUUGUAAGUAAAAUUUCGCCAUUAGAUCCAAAAGAAGGAUUUUUAUAUUAUAAAACUAGUAAAUAUACGUUACAUUAUUUUGAAACUCCAUCUGGAUUAAAAUUUGUAUUAAAUACUGAUAAUGUUACACAAAAUGCUAGGGAAUUAUUACAGCAAUUGUAUAGGGAGGUUUAUUUAGAAUAUGUUGUAAAAAAUCCUUUGUGUCAAUUAAAUGAACCUAUUCAAAGUGAAUUGUUUAAAUUAAAAGUUGAUGAAUUAUUUAAAAAAUCUCCCUUGUUCUUAAGUAGAUCAAUAUAGAGAUCUAAGUUUAUUAGAGAUGUUUAUUGCUUUCAUAUAUAAAUAUAAUAUAUUUCGAUAUAAAAA